AUGGCUUCAGAAGAUCCGACCAGCCUUCCGACUCCUGCAGCCUGCACUGCUGGUACGGCCCAAGACUUCAGAUACCGGGCUCGUUGUGGCACUCGCUGAUUGAUCCAUGAUGCCUUCAAGAUUUUUGCUUGGUCCCCAUUGGGACGCCCACGGCUUCUGUAUCCAAAGAAGUAGCCGAAGUACAACGCCUGCUCAAGAAGUCCGGCAUUCAUUACACGAUGCACUCGGCCGGUACGACGAUUGGUAUGCUUGCACCUUUGUUGCACUUUCCGCCGUGUCAUGCCACUGCUUCAGCCCGCUCAUGUGGAUAUUAGAAGGAUCAUGGGAUGAGUGUAUGCGGAUCAUUGGCCAAUGCCACAGCAUGUUACAUGCCAACGGCGUAGUGAGGAUACAGUCCGAUAUCAGAGUCGGCAGUCGAACAGACAAGAAGCAAAGUUUUGAGGACAAGGUUAAGGCCGUGGAGAAGUUGCUCGAGAGCGACAGCAAGGCCCGGAGUGAGGCGACGGAGAAGUAG